CCCGGUUAGCUGCUAUACUUGAACGUCGCAUCUGCUCUGCCGCCUGCUAGUAGCUUUUCGACUUCAGUUGUUCUUUUUUUCUUUCUCAACGCCCAAGGUUGCCCCUCCCGCCUACUCUCUGCUCUUCAAGCAACUCCCCCGCGUCGGCUUGCCCCACUCUGCGCCUAGGUAGUCUAACCACGCACAACGGGCACAGCUCUCGCACCAUUGCAACAAUGGGCUCUCUCAAGAAAGCGCUAGACAAGCUCAAGCCGGGCCAUAGCGGUUCUACCUCUGACGACGACAAGAGCGGCGUCAAGUCGCCCACCACCAAUGGCAGGGCACGCUCACCCGCCAGCACUCCGCGCUCCUCCGUCACUCUGCCCACUGGCCGGGCCAGUGCCGACCUGAAGCGCAAUGACCCUUCCUCGCCCACUGAGAGCAGGAGCAGCCUCGACGGGCAGCAUCGUGGCUCCCUGAGCGGCAUCCUCCACCGCCGCACAGAUAGCCCCAAUCGCUCGUCUGCAAAGGCAAACUCCCACCAGCGCUCAAGCUCCCUCUCCGCCAGCAGCCCCAUGCGCGCCGUCAAGGAGAAGCUCCACAUUGGCAACGACUCCAGUGACGAUGACACACCCCUCAACCGCGAUGGCGAGCCCAUGUCCCGCGGACAGCUGCGCAAGCAUGAGAAACAGGCCCAGCAAGAAGAGCGCUACAAGCAAAACCGCGAGAAGGAGAUGGAGCUGGAGCGCCGUAGGAAGGAGAUGGAGCAACAGGCUCUUGCUGAACUCACGCCCGAGCAGAGGGCCAAGUACGGUGUCAUCCCUCCCAACAGCUACGCCGGUGAAUGGAAACACGAGCCUCGCCAUAAGAUCCAGGACUUCUCCGCAAAGGAUGUUGGCAAGGAAGUUGUCUUCCGUGCCCGUAUCCACCACCUGAGAAAGAUGAGCUCCAAGUUUGUCUUCAUGAUGUUCCGCCAGCAGCUCGCUACCAUUCAGGGCGUUCUUAUGGAGCACGCAGAUAUUUCCAAAUACAUGCUGUACUGGGCAGAGCAUCUCGACGCCGAGACGGUGGUUGUUGUCAAGGGUAUCCUGCAGGAACCCAAGGCCAAGCAGGGCGAGGUCCUUGGUGCCACCAUCCACGACGUCGAGAUUUCAGUCCACGCUUUGCACGUCGAAGCCUCAGUUACAGACCACCUUCCCUUCAACGUCAACGAAGCCGAGGUAUCCCAGGCUGAGGUCGACGCUGAAGCCGCUAAGCUGGCCGGCGAGGAACGCAAGGAGGGACAUACCCGAGUCAAGAUUGCAGACCGCACUCGUCUCAACAACCGCGUAAUCGACCUAAGGACAACUGCAUCGCAGGGCAUCUUCCGCAUUCAGUCUGGAAUUUGCAGGCUGUUCCGUGAGCAUUUGGACACAGAGGGGUUCAUUGAAAUCCACACACCCAAGCUGCAAGGUGGUGCAACAGAGUCUGGCGCCAGUGUCUUCAAGAUUGACUAUUUCGGCCGUGGCGCUUUCCUAGCCCAGAGCCCUCAAUUGGCCAAGCAAAUGGCCAUCUCUGCGGAUUUCGGCAGGGUGUACGAGAUUGGCGCCGUGUUCCGUGCUGAGAACAGUAACACCUACCGACACUUGACUGAAUACACCGGUCUCGAUCUCGAGAUGCAGAUUGACGAACACUACCACGAAGUCUUGCGUGUGCUGGAUCGCACGUUUAAGGCCAUCUUUAAGGGUAUCUAUGAGCAGUAUCGCCCUGAGAUUGAAAUCAUCAAAAAGCACUUCCCACACGAGGACUUGGUCUGGCUUGAUGAGACCCCCAUCAUCCCAUUCGCUGAAGGUGUUCGUAUGUUGAAUGAGUCUGGGUGGAGGGAUGACGAUGGAAACGAGCUUGACGAGAACGAAGACUUGGGAACCAGGGACGAGGUCCAGCUUGGCCGUGUUAUCAAGCAGAAGCUAGGCACCGACUACUACGUCUUGGACAAGUUCCCAGCAAACGCUCGACCCUUUUAUGCCAUGAGCGACCCAAACAACCCCAAACUCACGAAUUCAUUCGACAUAUUCUGUCGAGGCCAAGAAAUCCUGAGUGGUGGUCAGCGUAUCCACGACGCUGAUAUGCUACUGGACAAGAUGCGCAAGCUCAAGAUUGACCCCAGUUCCAUGGAAGAUUAUAUCCAGGCCUUCCAAUGGGGUACACCACCACACGGCGGUGGUGGUAUUGGUCUCGAGCGUAUCCUCAUGUUGAUGAUGGGCCUUGGAAACAUUCGUCAUGCUUCCAUGUUCCCUCGCGAUCCAAAGAGUUUGCCAGAGAAACCAGUCAUCAAACAGCUACGCCACCCAGAGGCAAGCACGAUGCACCCUCCGUGGGAGGGACAAGACCGCGCUGUCGCAAAGAUAGACCUUCAACCCAUUGAGAAGCUCAUCGCCAAUUACGGAGAUGCCACAAAUACAUCAUGGUUGGAGCCCCGCACAGAGAUCUGGCGAGACGAAAACACCGGUGCAGCUGUUGGUUUCGUGCCUCAGGAUGGCUUCGCUAUCACCGUUGGUGACCCUCUGUGCCACGAGUCGCAGUACCUCAAGACCAUGUCUGGCUAUCUCCGAUAUAUCAAGAAGGAGCGCAACCUUAAGCCGCUCUGGCUACUUGUAGGAUCGGCAGCCGAGGAGGUUCUGGCAACGAAGUUCAACUGGCGCACAUUCUCCGUUACUGGAGAGCAGCGCGUUGACCCUGCACACAACCCUGCCGACAAGGACUCGGAUGUGCAGCGCAAGAUUCGCCAUGCUGAGAAAGAGGGGGUUAAGAUUACCGACUACGCUCUCGGCUCGCCACCACCGCCAGAUGUCAAGCAAAAGGUCGAUGCUCGUGUGGAGGAUUGGCUGAAGAAUCGCAAGGGCAAGCAGGUUCAUUUGACCAAUAUUCACCCAUGGCAAGACGAGGAGCAUCGCCAGUAUCACGUUGCAACUGCACCUGAUGGUACCAUUGUUGCUUUUGUCACCAUGGCCCAGCUGUCGCCAGACCACGGUUGGCAAGUCAAAUACUCUCUGGACUUCCCCGGCGCACCCAGUGGCUCCAUUGAGCAAGUCGUCACACAUGCUCUCAAGCAAGUCGCAGCAAGCGGCGCUACAAGCGUCACCUUUGGCGGUGGUGCUAGCUCCAAGUUCAGUCCUGGACACAAUGUCAAGGGUACGCGUGUCAAGGUCCUCAGUCGCGCAUACCACGCGAUUGCAACUGAGCUCAAGCUCACCAACAAGACCGAGUUUCGCGAGAAGCUGGGCGCGACGGACGACCCGAGUUAUAUCUGCUAUCCGCCUCAUGGGCUGGGCCCUAUGGCGGUCAAGGCUAUCCUGAACUUUUUCUCGGAUGACGAAGACAACAACUAAAGUAUACAUUCUGUUGGAGAAUAUACACAGGUUAUAGUAAAGGGGCAUGGAUGAAUGGAUGGAUGAUUCGCAGGCAUGAUACCACUAGGCGUUUUGCUGUUAGUAGCAACGGGCAGCCCUAAUACCUGUCUGACUAACUCGAGUAACUUUUGCAGUUGGAAGACGGUUUCACACAUCUAGAUAGUCUUGGUUUCUUAAUGUACUUAAUACCCUCUUCGAAACAUCGCACCUUGUCGGCCCACUUGAUGACGCUGCUGAGCUGACUUUGCAUGCGCUUCGUUUCGGCGCACAGGGCGCG